GCAGGAACCAGCGGACUUGUCAUUCACUAGCUAUUCUAAACAUGGCGGACCACUCCCACAAGUGUGCGUGAGGUCGUCUACUUCCUUAUUUUGUCAACUUUGCUCUUCCAGCGGUUUCGAGUGAAAUUGUCCGCUGAGCCUUCAAGGCAGGUUGCUGAGGGUCUUUACGGAUACUUCUGCUACCCAAAAUGAGUGUUACAGAUACCAUUUCGCCGGAGCUUUCAGACUCCGUGCUGAACUGUCUGGGGGACCGCUUUGAUCAUGGCCCAAUGAUGAUUGUCCGGAUGGAGACAAAGGGGGAGAAAUUUGAAACCAAAAUAUUGGCCUUGUCAAGAUACAGAGCUUUCAUCCUUUCAUCUAAGAUCCCAUCAAAGCUGGAGCAUGAGUUCCAUUUCUUGGAGAUUCAUCAAAUAGAAAGCCACAAGCUACUUCAGCUUAAGAUCCAAGUUUCCAGGGAAGACUCCCUCCCCAAGACCACCUACAAUCUCACAGUCAACUCCACGGAAGAUGUAGACACCAUCAUUGAGAUCAUCUGCCUGGAGAUCAAGAAGUGUUUCCCGAAUGUCUUCCCAGUAGAGAGCGUUAUACCGAGAAUAACUACCAAUCCUGAAAAUCGCAGGACUAGCCUCAACAUGAAACUUGAGGAGACCUUCCCAGACCCAGGCCCCUGCGGCGGUUUCACACAGAUGUACUCCUGUAUGUGUGAUCUGCAUCAAGAAGCCUACAUGCCAGAGGUCGCUUGGGAUGUGGACACCAUCUACCUGUCCCAAGACUCGAAAGAACUGUGCCUCAAUGAUUUUGACCAUUUAAGCCAUAGGUCUCUUGUCCCAAUCAUCUCCGCUUUAAUCUACAACAACUGGUUCACCAAAUUGUCUUUCAGAAAUGCCUCCAAGCUGAGUGGGGACACUACACGAGAAAUCAACAAGGUGCUACAGAAAUCGUCGUAUCUGGAGCAACUCAUUCUGGAAAACGUGGGACUGAAAGGGUCUUUCACACAAGACAUGUGCACAGCCGUGAUGGCCAAUCGGAACACGGCCCUCAGACACAUCAACCUAUCCAACAACUCGCUGGAUGAUCGGGGAAUCCGCUCUCUGUCCAGUCUGUUGACCAAGCUACCCAACGGUCUGGUGGAACUGAAUCUGGCCAAGACGGGACUUACGUCCGAAGGAACUCUUCACCUCGGCAAGGCUUUGGUUCAGAACAACUUCAUGUCCACUUCGCUGGUCAAGCUGGAUGUGUCAGGAAACACAUUCAAGGAUGGAGACAUCAGUAAUUUGACAGGGUUCCUGGCCCAACCUAAUGCACUGACGCACAUCAACCUGGCCGACACGGAGUGUGCCCUGGACAACGUGUUUGUCGCCCUCUUCAGGGGAUGUUGUGCCAACUUGUCCCACCUCAACCUUGCCGGCAAUACGUUCACCUACAGGAGGGGUAAGGAUGUUCCCAUCCAAGUCUCCUUCAAGCAGUUCUUUGCCACCAGCACCAAGCUCAAGUACCUGAACCUGUCCAGGAACAAGCUACCUUCUGAAGUGGUCAAGGAAGUGCUAAUGGGCAUAGGAGCCAACGGCAAUCUGCAGGAUGUGGAGCUAGACCUCAGCUGUAACGAGCUUAAGUCAGACGGUGGUCAAGUCGUUGCUGGUAGCAUAGCACAUGUCAACAAUAUUACUACCUUGAAUCUCAGUGAUAACGAGCUGAAUGCAGAGCUAGCGAGACUCAUUGAUUGGAUUGGCCAAAACAAGACCCUCCAAUCACUGGACAUCAGCAAGAAUAUGUGCGGUCUCAAAAACAAGCAACUGCUGAAGGUGUUGGAUGCCAUCGUACAAGUCAUCCAGAAUGAAGAAUUGUCUCUACAUACCUUGUCUCUAGCUGACAACAAGAUGAAGUUUGAGACAAUCCAGAUCAUCAAUGCCUUAGGAAGUAACACCACACUGACCAGUAUUGACAUCAGUGGUAACGGCAUGGGCGAUAUUGGUGCACGCAUGCUAGCCAAGGCCCUUCAGCUCAACACCAAGCUUCACACAGUCAAACUGGAUGGGAAUGGCAUAGGGGUAGCUGGCUUCAACGACCUGGCCAGCGCUCUGGAAAAGAACUACACACUGAAGUACAUGCCCACCCCCGUCAGUGAUCUCUCCGUUGCCUUGCAAAAACACCCCGAGAAGAUCUCGGCCUCGCUGCAGAAGAUCCAAAACCUGCUUCAGAGGAACCACAGCCAGCACAAGUUCCAGGACGAGCAGGCCUUCAGGCUACAGCAGGGCUUCCUCUACACCACCUCACACCAGAUGGUGGACAGGUUGGUGGUGCAGAUACAGGACGCCAUCAAGGGAUUGAUUGACUGCAGUGAGGACGACGUGCAGGCUGACAUCAAUAAGGCACAGGACUACAUACUGGAUGCUGAUAACUCCAAACAGUUGCUGGCCGCCCUUCAGCAGGUAGCACUGAACGCAGAGAGUGAGAGUCUCAAGCUCAAACUGGGCGAGAUGGCGAGUCACCUGAGGAGCAUUGUGGAAUCACAACUAGAGGGGAGCGCAGCGGGCAUGAUAGACACAGCCAGCGAGCAAUGCAGUAACGUCAUGCUGAACAAGGUCCUCAAGGAAAGCCUAGAGAACAUGUGCCACGAGCAGACCAAAAUACCGCCCAGGUUCCUGCAGGAUGUUGUGGAGCAAGUCGGGGCCGCCAUCUCCAACAGAACGGGAGAGGCCCAUCUGAAUAUGGCCAGCCACAUCUCAGAUACUAUCAUUGAUGAGAUCAUGGAGCAGCUGACAGAGAGCUAUCAGAAAUUGUCAGUACAGCUGGUUGACUAUCGGGAGAGGAAAGGAUCCAUUCUGACUAACGGCUUGGAGAUGAAUGAUAAUGACGCUGAGGACAAACAAGAUGAAGACAAGAAGAAAGACAAAGAUGACGAAGCUAAGAGUCCGGAGGCAACCUCGCCUACGAGUCGGCUUGACAACCAGAGAGCAUCCCGCUACCAGAAACGAGAGAUCGGCCGUAGUGAGUCAGUGCGCUUCAAGGAGUCAGAGGCCGGUCUGCAGAGGAAAAUGAGCAAAGUGCGCCCUCGCUCUGUGAUAAUGAAAGAUUUUGAACUCACUCUGGCCGAGGUAGAGGAGACAGAUUCUGGCGGUGACAAGCUCGAGAAUGACAGCCCGGACGGCGCAGCCAUCUCCAAACCUCCCCCAAGCCCCACCAAGCCCAAGUCCCCUGUCCCUAAAGUUGACAAGAAGACCGCUAAGAAAGCAGCGGCUGACACGAAGGCCCUAGAUGAGGUCGCCUCGACGCAGACACUCACUGACGUGAGGAAGAAUCGUGUCAAGCCUCCGCGGCAACGCCCGACCCGACCGGCCAAUCCGGUGCAGAAGCCUACCCCCAGCAUUACCAACGCCAACAGUGCCCCUCCUGUGGAUACGGGCAUCAGUGACUUCUUCUCGACCGGCUUCAACGACUUGAAGCCCGCUAAAACUGUCAGCUCGGUUGCUCCCACUGUAAACAACAUCGGAUCCCCUGAACUCAAACCCAAGAGGAAAGGGCUGUUCCAAAAGAAAGACAAGAAAGUUGAUGAGAAACCCAAGAAAGAGGAGCAUGUAAAGACAAAGAAGUUUGGGGGGUUCAAGGGGAUGUUCAAGAAGAAGCACUCCCUGCCAAGUUCAGAUGAAGUGGAGCAUCCAGCUGCGGCAGACACAAGGCAGGACAGCCAGCCUCAUGUAGCUCCCAAGGUGUCAGAACCUGCUGUUCCUAAAGAGGAAAUCAAGAUACCAGAGAAAGAGCCACAACCCAAGGUGGUUGAGAAGAAAGCACUACGCUUGCCAACCCAGCGGUCUCUCAAGACUGCCACCACGCCAGCCAAGAAGCCGGAGCCUGAGGCUGAAACCCCAGAGGCGGCAGCUGAAACCCCGGCCCCAGAAGCAACCCCAGAGGCCAAGGUUAACAAGACCAAGGAGGAACCGGAGAAAGUCAUCGAAGAGGCUCCCAGUAAGGAUGAGGAGACCGUUCCAGAAGACGGCAACAAGGCAGCUGAAGACAGUGCUCAGAAGGAAACUGAUGACAAGCAGGAGGAGAAAGAAGCAGAUACUAAAGAGGAGGAGGCCAAGACUGAAGAAGCGAAGGAGGAAGACAAGAAAGAGGAAGUGAAGAAGCCCGUGCCUGAGAUGAGGAAGCCUGGCCUGGCUGGUGCCCAGAUGCUGGGUGGGGCCAACAUGCUCAUGGAGAUGAAACUCAAGGCUUCCAACCGUAAAAGCAGGGAAUUACUGGACAGUCAGGCCCCGAAGGUUGAGGACCAAACCAAAGAAAAACCAGACGCAGCUCCAGUAGCUCCAAGCUCUCCUGAGAAACCCGUGCCAAGCCUGAAGCUUCCGCUUCCCAAGGCAACCGCUCCGGGACCUACCUCUCCGAGUGGUGGAGUCAAAUCACCAACGUCAGCACCCAAGGUUUCUGCUGUGAAGCCAUUGGUGUCACCCAGGGGGGUCAAGUCUCCAUUGGAGAGCCCCAGGAAGUCGCCCCUUGAGAAGGCGCCUUCCAAUCAGCUGCCUCCAGAGUCAAGUGAGUCUAAAGUCCUCCGACAGACUCCCAAAGAGGAUGUCACCAAAACCCUGUCGGAACCCGCCAAAUCCACCAAGGCAGCGGAGAACGAGAAGCCGAAAAUAGAGAAGGAGAAGCCAGCGAUCAAGAAACGACCACUCUCCGCAAAGAUUGAUUCGCCUUUGGAGAAGAGCCCCGCCUCGCCUCCGAUCACGCCAGAGAUGCCGUUGAAAUCAGAGACAGGUCUUAAACCCUCUAGCCUGAAAAGGAACUCCACUGAGGCGAAAGGGAAGGUCGAGGAUCGGCCGGAGAGUCCUGAGAAGAAACCUAAUGGAACGGAUGCCUCCAGACCAGCUUCAAGACCGACCUCUAUCGCUGAAGACAAACACAUGGAAGCAGGUGCUCCAAAGCCCAGUGGACCCUCAGUGUCACCUUUACCUAAACCACGACCUGGAAAGCGGCCCAUUUCCAUCAACAAAUCUGAAAAUCAAAAUUUACGGAAGGCUAGCGCACCUGCUGUCCAUGUGACGCUUCCUUCAUCGAGCCCGGACUCCAAGCCUUUGGAUUCGACACAGGAGAAGCCACCGCAAAAGGCCUCCUCCCUAUACAAGCCCCCACCAACCGUUGCAAGCAAACCUCGGUCCAGGUCCAUGGACCCGGUAACCACCAAGUUUGAACCCAAGCAAUCCCUAGAGGUCAAAGUUGAGCCCUUACUGGAAGUACCAAGUCAUGCUGGGAAGCGUGACUCCGUACUUUCCAAGAGUAGUGAUGACGGUGACAUGGAAGACCCAGAUCAGCACAGCGCCCUCUAGCUCUAGGCAGAGUCAUUUUAUUGUUGGUAGGCCACAUGGCGAAACUGUCAAGGAAAUAGUUGUUUUUGUUAGUAAUGUUUAAUACGGAACAAAUAUUCUGUGAUUAAGUUUAUUUGUACAUAUCUGUAAAAAUCUAUACCGUUGGAUAGUUGCUUAAAAAGUAGUAGUAGAAAAAAGUUCUUUGAAAUAUUUGUUUUGAGACCUAAAAACAGUGUUUUCUGGAAUAAGGUACGGUGAAGCUACAAUCUCCAUAAAAGAAGAUGUUUACGUCUUACUCGCGAGCUGGACUUUCCAUUAUACGUGUCUAGCAAGAGGGGU